UCCUUUUCGUUUUAUUCUGGCCAAGUCUAAUAGAAUGUAUGAUACUGAUGGUGAUUCGGCCACGAUCGUAUCUGAAGAUGCACCUGGUGAAAGUUCGCAAGAAAAUGUGAACCGUGAUUUAAAUCAUGCUUACGAAGAAAUUUUUGGUGGUGAAUUAUCUGAUGUUGAUACGUGUUCUGUAUGUGAUCAAUUUGAUAUCGAGAUUACUUCAUCUUUUCCUUCAAUCGAUGUAAGUGAUCUCUUUGGAUUUAAAACCAUCAACGAAUCGGUCAUCAGAGCUCUAUAUUAUAAACUUCGUGAAUACCGUCUUUACGAAACGAUGGCGAUAUUGAUCAAGCAUAAUAAAUUGAAAUUUGAGAAAUAUGAAAUACCUAUAGUCGUUCAGGAUAUGAUCAAACGCGGUGGUGUUAAAGAUUUGAAACAUGUUAGACAGGUCUUUCAUAAAGAAGUAGAACAAAGACAAAAAUGGGCUAAAUGA